AUGCCCAUAACACGAUCCAAAGGUAAAGCCGCAGGCGUGGCAGUGGCCCCUGCUACUAUCCCUGCUACAACGGAAGCGGAGAUCUCGGAAGACGGAGCCUCCAGCGUCGUCCCGGAGACGGCGGGCCCGUCUACGACACCAUCUCCCGCUAGUAUUACAUCAGUUCCUAAGAGUGCGCGCUCUAAUCGCUCUACUAGUACUAUGAAGGCUCGCAUUUUAACUGCAAAAGCGGAGCACGCUCGACGCCUAGCACAGCUCGACGCAGAGCGAGAGCGUGCUCAGCUUGAGCGCGAGCGUGCCCAGCUUGAGCGCGAGCGCGCCCAGCUUGAGCGCGAGCGAGAACGCGAGUGUGAUAUUGCUAACUUGGAAUUACAGGCCGAGCUGGCCGCCAUAGCAGCCAGCUCCUCUCAAAGGUCUCUUAGUAAUUCUAGGUCGAGCGUAGAACGUUGGCUGGCACAGUCAACAAUACGUGACACUGAUUAUAACGCUAAUGCAUUACUCGACAGGGAACCGUUUCCUAACGUUAAGCCGCAGCCACCGCCGCGGCCGGCGCCACCCGCCACAGCAGAUGGAGCCGCCUAA